AUGGGCGUGGCCAACGGGGUCCCAUCAGGCUUUGCCAGAGGACAGCCAAAGACCCAAGGAGAAAACCUUCCUGAGUGCUCUCCAAAGAGAUCCCAUGUCCUCUAUGCUCUCCUCCUGCUGCUGAGCGUCCUCCUCGUGGCUUCUCUUGGUGGAGUUAUGGCCACAUAUGUCCAGGAGCGGCGGGAGAAGCACCGAGUGGCCAAAGUGGUUCAGGGAAUCCAAGACUUCUGGAAGGAAAACAGAACUGUGAACUUCUCUGUCCUGGAGCAGACAGGCCAGCAGCUGGUGGGUGAAAUUCAGCCAUUACGGGGCCUGUGGGAGGAGAUCGUCUCGCCCUGCGCUGUGCUCCAGGAGCAAUACCGCUACCUCCUGACCAGGGUUUCCCAAGGCUGGAGACAUCAUGGAGGGAACCUCUACUACUUCUCAGAGAAGAAAAGGUCCUGGAAGGAGGCCGAGCGCUUUUGCGUGUCCCAGAACUCACACCUGAGCUCCGUCCUCUCCCGGGAAGAGCAGGAGUAUCUUGCCACGCAAGUGAAAGAUGCAGAUCACUGGAUCGGGCUGAGUGACCAUGAGGCAGACGGCUCCUGGCGCUGGGUGGACGGCUCCAAGUACACGGCGGGGUAACGGCACUGGGACACUCUGGCCUGGGUGGAGCCUCUUGGAAAUUUCUGUUGACUUCAGAGUAUAAUCUUGGGCUGGAAGAGCCCUCAGGAGACCUCUAGUUCAUGUCCCUGCUCCAGGCAGGGCCUCCCAGUCUGCACCGUCCCACACAAGGGUUUGUCUGACCGACUUCCCCAGACAGAGAUUUCCCACCUCUCCAGGGACCUGCUUUUGUGCUGAACACCCUCAGAGCUGGAAAGGUCUCCCUAAGCUCCCACCCAGUCCUGCCAGCCUUUCCUCGCAGGUCAGGUUUUCUAGACCUCUGACCCCUUUGGUUGUUCUGCUGGCGUCCCUCCGUGGUGUCUUUGUGUUUCUUGAAGUGUUCCCCAUCGCAGGCUUCCAGGACCUCUGCGCUGCUCUAGAGACCAGUUUUGCAAAGAUGAGUGGGCUCCAGCGUGACAUGGUCCUAGCUCCUCACUCAGUAAUGGCUGGAGCUGGAGGACAGGGGAAAAGGGGUUGUGCACGUAACCCUUGAGAUGGUGGAGGUGUGGACAAGGAGAAGUGAGGCCCAGGACUCCCCUGGCAAUGGGGAAAGGG